AUGUGUUCAGGAAUUUGGAAAGAUUUUAAAGAUUUUCUGAAUAAUAGGGGAGGAAAUGUUGUCGACUUGGGUAUUGGUAUAAUCAUCGGUUCUGCAUUUAGCAUGUUGGUCAAUUCAUUUGUGAGCGAUAUUUUGACACCACCACUUGGUUUGAUUUCCUAUGGCACAAGUCUUCAAAAUUAUUUUAUCAUCAUUCGACCUGGUAAAACCCCAAACGCAACUUACUCUACUCCCGAACAGGCCAGAGACGAUGGAGCUGUAACCGAGAAUGUCGGUAUCUUCAUCAAUACCAUAAUCAAUUUCCUUUUUGUGGUCUUUACUUUAUUCUGGAUAUUUUACG